AUGAAUUACAGCCUCAUGCAACUGUUGGAGAAGUCAUUGCAAAGCAAGAGAUUUCAUAUUCAUUCACUCGAUCUGAUGGUCCUCACACGCUACUCACGGUCAUGAUUCUAGAACAACGGUAGACUGUAGUAGUACAGGAGUUGAGCGUUGUCUCGAUGCCACGAGGCAGAGGAGGAUAUGUGGCUCGACCGAUUGUCAGGGCAUUCGACGCCUGCAGCAACUCCCUCUGGCUCUCCUCCACCAGCGAACAGGGCAUACUCUCCAGCUCCUCGGCGACCUAGUCAUCUAGCACCAAGCUCUGCGGCGCAAAGACCUGGGUUUACUCCGCGAUCGUCCUCCUUAUCCAUAAACUCCAACGAUUCAACCACAUCCUUGUUAUCUUCUUCGAGGAAACCCAAUGGAUCUGGACUCAAGCAAUCAGUGACAGCUCCGGAGGUUCCUGAUCCCCUGGAAGUUUUAGAGAAAUUGCUAGGUCCUGAGGGAAAUACUGCCCCAGGACUGACAAACCCGAAAAGUACGGUCAAUGGAACAGGAACAGCAGAGGAAUAUGACGAAGAGGAAUUAGAUUUUGAAGGACUAAGCCUUCGUGAAGUAGCCUCUAAAACUUUUGUUACAGAGGAAGAAACCGUUUAUACCCCUCAGACGACUGAAGAAUUUGAAAAGGACAUAGCCCAAUUCGAAGAGCUACACCGAUCAAUUCGCGCGUGCGAUGAUGGUUUAAACUCAGUUGAAUCUAAUCUAACAAGUUUUCAAAAUGAUCUGGCAGCAGUUUCCGCAGAGAUCGAGACACUUCAGGCCCGGUCCACAGCGCUGAGCAUACGGUUAGAAAAUCGGAAAAUCGUCGAGAAUGGUCUAGGCCCUAUUGUGGAGGAGAUCAGCAUCUCUCCGGCUGUGGUCAGGAAGAUAGUGGAGGGUACAAUCGAUGAGGUAUGGGUGCGGGCUUUGGCGGAAGUUGAAAAGCGAUCAAAAGCUAUGGAUGCCAAAUCAAGAGAGCAAAGGAACAUCAAAGGCGUGAACGACUUACGACCCUUGUUGACGAAUCUAAUCACCAAGGCUCUAGAAAGGAUUCGUGACUUCAUGGUCGCCCAGAUCAAAGCACUGCGUUCGCCCAAUAUCAAUGCUCAGAUCAUACAACAGCAGCAUUUCGUACGGUACAAGGACCUGUAUGGAUUUCUCCACAAGCACCACCCCCAACUUGCCGAACAGAUAGCUCAGGCUUACAUGAACACCAUGCGGUGGUACUUUUUAGCUCAAUUCACACGGUACGAGAAAGCUCUUGAGAAGAUCAAAAUCCACGUUAUCGAUAAGCAUGAUGUGCUUGGGCAAGAUGAUGGUUCUCGAAAAGGUACAAUUAUGUCUGGCGCGAAGACCACUGGCCCACCUCAUGAUGCUGUCAAUCUGGGCCGAAGGAUUGAUCUUCUGAAAACUUCAAAUCAGACAGCUCUGGCUUCUUUUCUUGCAGAGGAAGAGAAGGCUACGCAUUACUUGGAAUUUCCGUUCCGAAAUUUCAAUCUUGCUCUAGUUGACAAUGCUUCAGCAGAGUACUCAUUCCUCACAACAUUCUUCUCUCCAUCGUUAUCCUAUUCGGCAAUAUCGCGGCAUUUCAACUAUAUAUUUGAACCAACCUUUUCGCUUGGUCAAAACCUCACCAAAUCCUUGAUACAAGAAACCUACGAUUGCCUGGGUGUGCUUUUGUGCGUAAGAUUGAACCAACAUUUUGCAUUUGAGCUUCAGCGCCGAAAAAUACCUGCCGUGGAUGGUUAUAUCAAUGGUACUGGGAUGUUACUGUGGCCUCGGUUCCAAGUUGUCAUGGAUCAGCAUUGCGACUCGGUCCGGGCCGUAACGAACGGGGUCUCCAUUCGAAAGCAAUCCGCCUCAGAACAGGCAAAGCAGUCAGCCGCACCACAUUUCAUGACCCAACGUUUCGGACAAUUCAUGCAAGGUAUCCUAGCUCUCAGCACAGAAGCAGGAGAUGAUGAACCUGUGUCGUCAAGUUUAACGAGACUUCGCAGCGAGAUCGAGGCAUUCCUUACAAAGAUGGGGAAAAGCAUCGGAGAUGCGAGGAAAAGAGAGAGGUUUCUUUACAACAAUUAUUCGUUGAUCCUCACAAUUAUUGGGGACCUUGAAGGCAAGCUAGCAAUAGAGCAGCAAGAGCAUUUCGAGGUACUAAAAAAGGCGUUUGGAGAUUCGGCAUGACGGUCCACGGAAUAGGUUGUAUAAGUACGUUGAUAGAAUGAAUUUAUCUGCUAAAUACUAUAUACACAUGAGC